GUUACAAACAACAACUCGCCUAAUUCCUCAUCUUUUUACUGCUUUUUUUUUUCAUAAACCCUAAUUUUUCAUUUUCAUUCUUCAAAUUUUUACUAUGGCUUCCUACAAAGUUGUGUUGAUGCUUGUGGCUGCAUUGUUGGUGAGUUCCACCUUCGCUCAAUCACCAUCGUCAUCUCCGUCCAAAUCUCCUGCGAUCUCUCCCUCCGCUCACUCACCGGCUGCAUCUCCUCCCGCACCUGUGAAGAAUUCUCCAUCUCCUUCGCCAUCCGCCAUCAACUCUCCACCAUCUCCUCCUCCUGCUUCCUCUGGUUCACCCGCCGCCGCUCCUGCUGUUACUCCAUCAUCGAUCUCCACUCCUCCUGCUGAAGCACCAUCAAACGGCGCCGCUUUGAAUAGAUUCACCGUUGCCGGAUCUGCUGCUGUUGUGAUUUUCGCUGCCGCUUUGAUGAUGUAGAGAGUUACUCUUAGUUUAUUAUGUUCUUUUUCUUAUCACGAAUUUACACAGAUCGUGAGAACUAUUUUCCUUUUUGUUGUUGCCCUGUUUCGAUCUGUGUGACUACGAUUCAUUCAUUCUAUUAAUUUAAUUAUACAAUUUAUUCGUUUCAA